CGUGACGUCACAGCUGAUGCGGCGGCGGCGGCGGCGGAGGCGGCGGCGCGGACGAAUACUUAUUGAAGAUUAACUUUAAAUAUUACUUUCAGGACGCUGUAAAUUAGAUUAGAGGUUGUGCAAGGGAGAGAAGAGGAGUUGGAGCAGUGCCUUAGAGGAGUGCCAAGCGUGGUAGUGCCUGGGUUGAAGAGAUGAACUUCUCGGAGGUGCUGCGGGUGAGUGGCGGGGGACCGGGUGGGGCGGGUGUGGCCUGGUCCCCUGAUGGGCGGCUGGUGGCCUGGCCAGCCGCCCCCGCCAGGCUGGAGGUGCGGGACACUGCCACGCUGCAGGUGCUUGUCACGUUUACCUGUGUGGACGCAAUACAGGAGGUGGAGUGGGCGCCCGACUCCUGCUACCUGCUGACGGCCUGCUACAAGCGGGGCGUGGUGGAGGUGUGGGCGGUGGGGGACCCGGACUGGCGGGGCAAGGUGGAGGAAGGGGCGGCAGGGCUGGUCAAGGCUCGCUGGGCGCCCGACAGCCGACAUAUUUUGACAACAGCGGAGUUUUAUCUCCAAAUCUCCAUCUGGUCCCUGGUGAACAAGAGCAUUGCCUACAUCCGCCAACCCAAGGGAGUGCCCCAGGGGGUGUCCUUCAGCCCAGGGGGGGAGUACCUGGUGGUGGCCGAGCGCAGGGAGGGCAAAGACUCGCUCUCCCUUUUUGAAACGACGUCUUGGCAGAUAGUUAAGAACUUCCCAGUAUGCACGAAAAACCUUGCUGGCGUACUCUGGGCAGGCUCCACCACCAACCCCUCCACCGCCACCACCUCCACCCCUUCCGCUAUGACAGGUGGAGUUCUGGCAGUCUGGGAUUCACCUCUGCAGUACCUGGUGGCCCUGUACAGCAUGUCAGGGCACUGCAUGGCCCGCUUCAGUGCCUAUGAGAUGGCCCUGGGUGUGUGGGAUGUUUGUUGGGCCCCCAGCGGACAGUUUCUGGCCAUUACAAGCUUUGAUAAUAAGAUCCGCCUGCUCAACCACCUGACCUGGGGCGUGGUAGCGGAGUUUCCACACACCACCACCAUCACCACCACCUCCUCCACCUCCACCUCUUCCGCCACAGUCUACAGGGAGGCCAAAACCCCGCUUACAGGCUACCCCGCCACCCUGGCCUGCGCGAGGGGCCUGCCGACACCCCUGACCUCUGUGGCCUACCACGAGGAGACCAGCCGCCCCAUCACACUCGCCACGCAGCCCUCCCAGCCCCCAGCCCAAGCCCCCCGCAGCCCCCCAGCCCUCGCCUUCAGUAGGGAUGGACGCUACCUUGCUACCAGGCGCUGGGAUAUGCCGGGGGUGGUGUGGGUCUGGGAUGUUGGGCGGGUGUGUCUCAAGGCUGUGCUGGUGCAGGAGGAAGCUGUUAAAGACAUGGCCUGGGACCCCCGACACACCCGCCUGGCACUCUGCACAGGGGGGCCACACCUGUACCUAUGGACCCCCCUUGGCACUGUGGCUGUUACUGUGCCACAUGCCCCUCACCUGUGCGUCUCGGCCCUCAGAUGGCACCCAUUUGGUAGGAGUUUGAUUCUAAAUGGAAAGACUCAUCUCUCUGUGUGCUUCCUGGACCCCCCCCGCGCCCCCCUGCAGCCCCCCCGCCCCCCACAGGACUCGCAAGGCUAGAGGAGGAGGAGGAGGAAGAAGGAGGAAGGAGGAAGAGGAGGAGGAGUGUUUUUGAGUGUAACUUUUUAAUUUAUUGGUGUGUGUGUGUGUGUGUGUGUGUGUGUGUGUGUGUGUGUUUAUAUGUAGUCAAGCCCACGUUUGUUUGUGUGUUUGUGUGUUGUUGAGUUUCCUUGAAUUUGUGUUUUUUGAUAAGUUUUGAAGUUUAAUAAAAAAUGGAUUAUUAUUAUUAUUAUUAUUAUUAUUAUUAUUAUUAUUAUUAUUAUUAUUAUUAUUAUUAUUAUUAUUAUUAGGGAUAUUAUCAGUAUUAUUGUGCUUCCAUUAAUAAGUAAAUAAAGAAAUAAUUAAUAUA